UCAGUGCCGUUGCGUAUGUGUGUGUAACUGCGUCAUCGACCAACGAACAACAACAACAACAACAACAGCAACGAGCAGCAAACACCCAACGCCCAACGAUUGUGCAAUCAAGCAAACAACAUUAGAUACAACACAAAAUGUCAACAUCAUCAUCACUCUGCAACUUGCUGCUUGCUGCGCUGCUGCUGCUCUGCUGCGGCGGCUGGCUGCGUCUCAGCGACGCCAUCGAAUGCUACGUCUGCGACGCCAGCGACACCACAAAUCCUUUCCAAUGCGGCGAAUGGUUCGAGCGCUUCGACAUGCCCGAUAUACAGCCACAGAACUGCUCCAAUGUCCAUGGCGCUACGUUCUGUGUGAAGCAUGUGGGACGCUUUGAGGGCGGCAUUGGUGCCAAGCGCUUCUGCAGCUCCAAGGAUUUGGGCAACUACUGUGACUAUGUGCGCAACAAGGGCGAUCGCAUGGACUAUCGCAGUUGCAUCUACACUUGCGACACCGAUGGCUGCAAUGCGGCCACGCAAUUGACCAACGCCCAUUAUUGGGGUGUGGCGCUGCCGCUGCUGCUGCUGCUGCUAGCGAUCUGGCAACGCUAAUAACGCACCCACACACAUACAUAGCUUUUCUCACCUUUUCUCACACACACAUUAAUCUCUGAUUUUUUUUUUCAUAAGUUUAAGCUUUGUAGCGCGUAAGUUUUGUUUGAGCAAAAUUUUGAAGUAAAGUUACUCACAACACACCAAAAAACUCAGAAAAACUUGUUCACUUUUUGAAAUGAAACGGCAUGAAACGCAGCCGCAACACUUUGGCAAUUGAAACAUGGCGCGUUUGCUAGUCGCGCUUUGUGGCGAGGGCGGGGGUGGUGCUGGGGCGCAGCAUGAUCAAUUUGUUAGCUUUUGCGGCAACAUUUACUAAUCGUCAGUUUGAUUUGUCAGCCAACAAAAAUGAUAGACUUACAGUUGAGCUGUAAUUGCAACGAAU